UUUCCUGCAGAACAUCCUUAUGAUUCUCAUAUAUCACGGUUUGCUGUAUUUCCUAACUUUAUCUCACCAGAGGAUCCUAUACGAGGUGUUGCUGGACAAACAAGACAACCAAUUCAUGCUGAACAACCAGCCAACUCUUAUGAUGUACAAAUUUUACACAAAACAAAAGGUGCUGGUAUAAGGCAUGAAGUUCUAACACUUCCUAAAGAAUCUGAGAAGAAACCAUUAUAUUGGCAAGGAGAAAAUCAUUUCGAUCAAGUUGUAAAGACUCAUGGAAAUCGACAGAACUUUUAUCCAACACCACCAAAAUCUGUGGCACCAAAUCUUCAAAACAGACCAGUGGAACAUAAAGUUUCUGAAAAGACUGCAGAUACCAUGAGAAAUAUAGAAAGAUCACAUUGGCUAACCAGUAAUCAAUUGGAUUAUGCUGGAUUAGGGCCUAGUAAUCCAAUGAAAUUAAACAACUUGGAAGAUAAAAAGGAACAUUUUACUAAUACUGGCGAAAUCGAUAACAAUCUGUAUUCCCAUUUCGCGAAUACAUUCGAUCCACCAAGACCACACGAAGGUAGAAUAGCAAGAUUGUCUUUAGCUGAGAAGAAACCAACAAUGUCAGAACAGUUUCAAAACAAUCUUCCUUCGACAUCAAGGUAA